AUGCCUCCGAAAAAGGCGACGGCCGCCCAGAAGAAAAAGGGCGUGGUAGGAGAGACCAGUCGGGCUCAGAAGGGUACUCGGACCCUUGCUCAGAUGAUGCGUGAUAUUGCGUCCCAGCCAGCAGACUCUACUACGUCUUCAUCAUCAGAGGAGUCUGGAGCACCAGUCGCUGCCACUAGGGGUCGGGGGACGGCUACACCAUUAGCUCCAGAGGCUCCAACGGCCGCGCCUCCAGUUCCCCAGCCAGGGGCAGAUGAUGGUACCCUGCGAGAGGCAGUUCAGCUAUUGACUCGACUGGUAGCGGGGCAGGCUCGCAGACGCGGGCGGAGGGAUGAUGAUGAUGAUGACAGGCGUGACAGCCUGAGGGUUCGAGAGUUCCUAUUAUGUGGCCCCCCAGAGUUUUUUGGGUCUAAGCCCGACGAGGACCCCCAUGACUUUAUUCGGGGGAUGCGACGCUCACUAGACUUGGUCAGGGCUUCAGAGACUGAGUCUGUUGAGUUGGCCUCGCACAGACUACGGGAUGUUGCUGCUCACUGGUAUGAGUCCUGGGAGCUAUCCAGGGGUGAGGGUGCUUCCCCAGCUACUUGGGACGAGUUCGUGGCUGCGUUUACCCGCCACUUUUUGCCCCCAGAGUUACGGCGGGCGCAGGUUGAUCGAUUUUUGCAUCUGCAGCAGAGGGGUCGGAGCGUUCGUGAGUAUAAUUUGGAGUUUGAUUCUCUGGCCCGGUAUGCACCUGCCAUAGUAGCAGACAUGGCCGAUCGGAUGCACAGAUACGUGAUGGGGUUAGACCGUUAUUUGAUUGAUGGCUGUAUGGCGGUGGCAUUGCAGACAGAUAUGGAUAUCGCCCGACUACAGGCCUAUGCUCUGGGUAUGGAGGACCGACACAGGGACGAUUAUUACAGCAGAGAUCGGGACAGGAGGCCGCCCAAGAGGGCCAGGUCUGCAGGAUAUUCUGGAGAUUCCCGAGGCAGACAGCCUCAGCCGCAGCAGCAGUCUAGCUGGCAUUCUUCCCAGCCGGCACAGAGCACACCUCCGCAGUUCUCAGGCAGGAGAUUUGAUAGCCCAGGGUAUUUAGGAGCAGGCCAGAGCUCCGGGGUUUCAGGUUCGCGGGUAGACAGGAGUUCCGGUCAGACGAGGCCACCCAGGCCUCAGUGUUCUUACUGUGGGAGAUACCCUCCUGGAGAGUGCUACCGUGCUACAGGUGCUUGUUAUUCUUGUGGCCGCCAGGGCCAUACUGUGAGAGAGUGCCCGUAUAAGGGUAAUUUGGGAGGUGCAGCGCAGCCUACCGGGUCAGUCGCUGGGUCAUCGUCUCCUUCGAUAGCCAUACGCCCUGCGGGGCAGGGUACGUCGACAUCAGCAGGCCGCAGCAGAGGUCGUGGCGGAGCUCCCAGUUCAAGCGGUCCUUCGAACCGCAUCUAUGCCUUGACUAGUCGACAGGACCCGGAGGCGCUACCAAACGCGGAUACAGGUAUACUAAUGUCUUUUUUCGAAAUAUAAGUGUAUUGACAGGUCUAGCCUCUACUUUGUGAUAUAUUUUCCCCAAAAUGCUUACAAGACCCUAUAAGAUUAAUUUGACAUUCGAGGACGAAUGUUCUAAAGGGGGGGAGGAUGUUAUACCCCGUACAUUUAUAUGACGAAUUAUUCGCAAGAAAAUCGACUCAAGUUAAAGGCGGAAUUAUUUUCGGAUACGAAAUAGAAAUCGUUAAUUUUCAAUUUUAAUUAAAACAUAAAUUGUGUAUGAAUUUUAUUGGUAUAAAGAUAUUAUUGGAGAUUAGGGGUAAAUUAACUAUGAUUAGAUUAUUAAGUGGGAUUAAAAUUUAAAUCACUUCAUUAAUUAAUUAAGCUUAAGGGGCCAUGUGGGCCCCACCCGAAAAAAAAAAAAAAAAAAGGAAUCAAAAAUCUGGAAAUUAACAAAACAAGGUGCAAAAGUGAGUCAUCAAAAGGGGGAAUACGUGUAGCAAUAUGGGAUAUAUAUAUAUUUAAUGGGAUGUAGUGCAAAUGACCAUUUUCAAGUCAUUUGUUGGUACACAAAGCUCAAGAGCAAGAAAAACAAAUGCCCAUGGCUGCUCACGGCUAGAUUGGGGCUUAAAAAAAAAAAAAAAAAAAAAAAAAUCAGUUUUGUUGCUUAGUAAAAAUUCUAAGGAGAAGACAAGGAGAUAGAGGUGGAGAAGCAAGAACAAGUAUAAAGAUUUAAGACACAAAUUGGAGCCAAGUAUCCAAGGCGAAAAGAGCAACGAGGCAAAAGGGAUUCACGGAUAAUCGUCGACAGGUACAUACGACAGGUUCGCUGAUCCGCCCGCUUAGGAUCUUAUUCUGCUAUUCUGAGGCGCUCUCUUAUCCGGAGCCUAUAUUUUUGGUACAGUCUCCUGCUAUUGUAUAAAUGUACGUCACUCAGGGGUACGACGGGGCCCUGUCCCGUCAUAUGAUUCUGUCGGUCUGUUUAGAGGUCUGUGGACAUGUUUGUGGGUUGGGGUCUUUCUGUACAAAUGCGUGUAUAUGUUGUGUUUGGGCGAUCUCAUUCGCCGCGGCGGCCGGUCCGCAUAUGUUUAAAUGUUGCUUCGUUGGCCCUGUGUGGUCUUUUGUUGGUAUUUUCUGUGCGCAGGGUUAUUUUGGAUAGCCUGUAAAACAAAGGAAACUCUGCCGAAAUUUUUCUGGAAAUUAUCUAACUUUGAAAUAUAGCCUUGUCGGCUUCCGCUAUAUACUUGAAUGCGUUUGAUAAAAUUUGAGAUAGCAUUUGAUAGAUGUGUUCGGGUGCUCAGAUCGGGCACUAGUCACGGCCUAUGGG